GUUAAUUGUAUUUACGGAACAGAGAGACAAAAUGUUAUUAAUGAAAUAUUAUAAAAUUACAUAUUAUUUAAUUAUUACUCAUUCAGGCAUAUUAGCACUAUGGAAAGAUAAAAUGAAAAAAACAACGAAGUCCAUUGAAGAAAUGGUUUCCGAUUAUGAAGAUGACAUGAACUCUAUGAUUGCAAUUUCAGAAAAGGAAAACGUAGAGCUGUAUGAAGAAUUCUAUGAAGAUUUGGAUAACAGAAUAACAACUGAACAGUCUAUGAACAUGAUUUUUUUUGGACCUCCGAUUUCUUUUAUGCGUCUUGAUACUGAAACUAUCCUUCAUAUUUUCGUGCACACUAAAAAGCAUUUAGUACCAAUAUCAAGAGCUCUACUCGCAUGGGAUAUGCUAACAGAUGGUAAAACUGCCGCAUUUUUACAAGGACGUGAGUUUUUAGCAUUUGGGUCUCUUUUAAAUAUAAUACCCGAAGAAGAUUUAUAUUACGUGAAUUUUGGUGAUCCUUCAGUAUUGAAAUACUUUUCCAGCAGUGCAAUACAAUUACGUAGUCGUAAGUAUGGUAUUCUAGCCGCUGCCUAUAAGCGAUACUUUGGAGAUUCUUGGUAUAAAAAUAGCUCUCAAAUAAAUGAAUUAGGUUACUUGCUAUGUGGAUUUCCAUCCUCGGAUUUGAAACAGAUUUCGCCUCAUAUGUUUCUAGAUCUAAGUAUCGAUGUUUUGAACAAACUGGAUAAAUGUAAACCAUAUCAAAGUAAGAUUUUGUAUAAUAUUGCAACUAGUCCAGACGCAUUCGGAGAACCGUACAAAUGGUCAUCACAUGAAAUAGGUCGACUAGGUUCUUUAUUCAAUUGCAUUCCGGCUGAUGACAUUAGUUCUAUACAAUUAGAAGCUGUACCCUCCAUAUCUGAUAAAGUAAUGAAAUCGAUGCAUAUAAGGAAGCUCAAGUACUUUACAAAGCAACAAAUAUUAAGAAUGAAUCCAAAAGCACGACGUGUAUUUAUUUUGCGAAUGCAACUGAAAAGCAGUCUCGAUAUGAGUCAAGUUUCAAGACAACGUGGAAGAUUUAUAGUGGAAAGUAGAUCAACAGUCCUGUUUAUACUCGCAUGCAUAGUCACCUUAGUGUAAUGAAUGACGAACGUUUAUUUAAAACAAUUUCAGAUUUACUUCAUGUUAUGAUUAUUUCAUACAGAUAAUAAAUUUUGAUU